GGAAUUACCUUUUUUAUCAUCUUGGCAGUAAUGGAUGUCCAAAGUUGCCUCACAGACAAUGUCUUCCAUAUUUGAGAUAGUCACUAGAAAUGUGGUUCAUGAACUAAACCGGAAGGGAGACCUAAUUCCCCUUGACAGCCUCAUUGACUCGGACAGAUUCCACUGUUGAUCUCUCUUGUGCAAAAGAAAGUGCUUCCUCCCUUUCUUUAAACCUCGGUACUUAAAGACGGGGCUUACUGUGGAUGACCUUCUGGAGGCCUCUGAUGAACUGGAUUGUGUUUCCACAGAGGUGAAAGAGAAAAAGAAUUAUAGGAUUGAGGACAAUGUGGAAAUGAAGAUGAAUAUUACAUUGAAUGUACCCCAAGUCACAUCUGUAAAUGGAAAAGCUGAGUUCUCAACAGCGUGUAACCUCAAGUUAAAGUCCUGUGAGAUCUCCCUGAAAGGGAAGGAGUCUUUGGUGAGGAAGGGAAGGGAGGGGAAAAGGGAGAGGAAGCUGAAGGAAGAGCAGCCUUCCCUAUUUGAGGCAUUAAAGAAAGCAGGAGAAAACCUGUAUAUGGUGAUAGAAACUGUGGAGCUGGCAGAGGAACAAAAAGUGGAAAGAAAAUAUUUCACGGACACUUUGUUCGAAUUCCUGAUGGGGAAAAUAAAGGGCCAUAUGAAUGUCAACAGUGGGGUCACCAUCCCUUCUGAGAGCGUCCUUGCCUUCAGAAUAAACCUGCUGGUCUUUGAUGAGAGGUGUUGUAGAAUUUCUUAUUCUAAUGAUGAAAACUCCUUUCCUUUAGAAAGUGGUAGUGCCUCCAGAUCAGGAGGGCAGACUGAGGAACCCUCUCAGCUCCUAGAGAACUUUAGUGAUCUGCAGGAGAAUGUGAAGGACAUGAAUUGGGAGCUUCAAGACCUGACAGAAACGGAGCGGAAGGAUGUACUGGCCGCGCUUAUAAGUCAUCUGCGGGAUGGGGCACUGGGGGAAGUGGAGGAAAAGGUAAACAUGACCCUUCUCACAGAAGAGCUAAGUGACCCUGAGGUCCCUCUCCUGAGCAUCCUGUUUAAUGAUUGUGGGAGCUUCAUGCCAAAAAGGGCUGAUGCCAUACUGUACUUCCUUGAGGCACUGACAGAACUAAAAGAGUUGCAACAGAAACUGCUGGCCGUGGCUGUGGAGGAGGGACAUUUGUCUGAGCUGAUGAAAUUGGUGAAAGACAUCCUACUGCAGACCUCCAAGAGUGGGCCAGCAUCAUUUUCUCUGAAGGCUGACUCAGUCACCCACACCCUUGUGAGAAUGUGUGAUACAGAAUACAAGCUAGACCACAGUGUCACCUGGAACUCAGAGACAUGUCAUUCACUCUGUGCCCUCUAUGUAGCCCUUUCUGUCCUGCUGCUAUUAGCUCAAGGCCCCAGUUCUGUCCUCUGAAUUUGUUUCCCAGGGCUGGGUAAUUUAAAUCUCAGAUCAGCAGUUUGUUGAUCAAAAUAACUUCACAUGAUUUUCUUCCAAAGAAGAAAAGAAAAUCACCAGAGACAUGCAAUAUUCUAUCUUAUGUGCAGUAGACUGUAAGCUCCCUGAGGCUAAGGACUGUUUAAUUUUUGCCUUUGUAACAAAUCAGUUUCACAGAGUCUCAGAGUUGAAAGGGACUCCAGAGGUACCUAAUCCAACCUGUGCCUGGAGGAUAUUAAAUUGAUUCUGUACCUUUGUUUAUUGAUACUAUUUACAGUUAAUCGAUUUUGUCCUAUGACGGCCCAAGUCAUGGUUCCUUGUCUCUGAACUUAGUUCAGCAAUUCAGCUGGCCUGUAAUGAGUUAAGUUUAGAAAUCCAGUUUUCCUACUAAUCCCUUCUCUAUUCUUGCCUCAAGGAAAUCUGUGGUCCUUGAGGGAUGCAGGUAGAUAACCAAGGGGUUGGGUCUGCUAUCUCUGAUCCUGCAGUGGACUCAAACAAUGAACAUUUCUUAGUCACAAGAGUCCAGCUACUUCUCUGAGUUAGUUAAAAGAAAACUUGUUAUCUUUUAUAACUUCAGCUCCUGAAAAAUUCUGUGAUAUUUGUUUGCUAUCUUUGAAGGCCUACAAGCUGACCUGGUACAUUUCCACAAGAGAUAUUAUCUAUCCUUGCCUGUCCUUGUACAGUUAACUCCCUCCUAGGAGCCAGGGCAUCUGCUAUCCCUGGUCCACUCUCAAUGGUCUCAGGAUGCAGAUGGGUCCCAUAAAUCAAUUAAGCAUUCCUCUAAGACAGAGAUGGAUAGUUUCUAGCCCCAUGUGAGCGUUAGCCCUCUCUUCUUAAUAUAACCAGCCAUGUUGUCCUCGCUCUCAUGAUGCUGCUAACCCUCUAACUCACCUACCCGGUUCUGUUCUUUGUUCUAUGCUUAUAUAAAGGAGCUGCACCUCUUUCUCAGGGUCAUUGACGUCACUGACCCACUUCAUCAACAGGUUCACACGUUGCUAAUAAAUUCAUAAAGUUCAGAA